GAGAUGUAUGGCGGCUGGCAGAAUGCCAGCAUGGUCUCUCACUUUGAUGACUACGCCAACGUGUGCUUUGAGGAGUUUGGGGAUCGUGUGAAGCACUGGAUCACUUUCCACAAUCCUUGGGCCAGCGCGGUAGGUGGCUACGACACAGGGCAGCACAAUCCCGGGCCGGGACUCCGAGGGACGGUGUACCAGGUGGUGCAUCACAUCAUCAGAGCCCACACCAAGGUUUGGCACUCCCACAAUAAAAGAUAGCGCAAAAAGCAGAAAGGGAAGGUGGGGAUCUCACUGACCUGCGCCUGGGGCGAGCCUGUGGAUGAAACCAACUCCAGGGUCGUGGACGCUGCCGAGAGAUUCAUGGACUUUUGCUUGGGCUGGUUUGCUAACCCGAUCUUCGCCGGAGACCACCCUGAAGCCAUGAAGGAGAACGUGGGAAAUCCCAGGAGUGCAAGGAUCCAGUACGGCAACCCCGACAUCUAUGUGACCGAAAAUGGAGUCCCUGAAAGCUUGCAGUGUGUCCACUGUGACGAGGGGAGAAUUUGCUUCCUCCGGGAUCACGUGAACGAAGUGCUCAAAGCUAUCAACGAUGGAGUGAAUGUAAAGGGAUACACUUUCUGGUCACUACUGGAUGGCUUUGAAUGGGAGAAAGGCUAUGCAGACAGAUACGGACUACACUCCGUUAAAUUUAAAGACAAGCACAAGCCCCGGUAUCCUAAAGCUUCGGUUCUGUACUACAAGGAGAUCAUCGGAGCAAAUGGCUUUCCCAGUCCGAGAGAGGUGGAGAACUGGCAGAGUGCAGCCACAGAGACCUGCUCUACCUCCAACCAACUUCUGGCUGCAGAUCCCUCGGUAAGCCCCGUGCGGAUGAUGACGGAGGUCGUGGUGCCCACGGUCUGCACGUUGUGCAUCCUGAUCAGCGCCAUCUUCCUCUCCGUCCUCCUCCGGAGACCGAGCGGGCUAGAGCCAACGUGAAAGGUGGCAUCAUUCGG